AUGGACUUCCGCGGCCAGUCGGAGACCGGUGGGUCGGGCGGAGGCGAUGGUGCGCGGUCGGCCCUUCCGCUGCUCAACUUCGGCAUGGGGUCAUCGGGGCUCAUGGCGUCCUCCGACCUCAUGGGCUCGCUGGGCGGCGCCGCCGGCGACGCGUCGCUCAGCAUGAUGGUCGGCCACGCCGCCUUUCAACCGCAGCCCGCUGGUAACCUGCCGCCUCUUAACACGCCGCAGCAGCAGCAACAGCAGCAGCAGCAGCAGCAGCAACAACAACAACAGUACCAGCAGCCGCAGUAUCAGCAACAGCUUCAGCAGCAGCAGCAGCAGCAGCAGCAGCAGCAGAGGUCGUUGCAGCUGUCGGCGGCGUCUGUCGCGUCGCUCCUCGGCACCACCGCGUCCGCCGCCAUGCCCAAUCUCGUCGGAGCGCCCCCCCCGGGGCCGCUGGGCGUGGGCUCGGGGAAGGGGCCCGGCGGCGGAGCGACGGCGGAGGAGCGGCGCAAUGUCGACUCGUUCUCGCUCGUUCCGACCGCCCCCGCGCGCAGCCCGCCACUCAUGGCCUCCACCGGCAACGCGACUGACGGCGGCGCUGGCCAAGCGAACCAAGCAACGGGCGUUGUCACGCCGAAGGCGGAGAACGGCGCAGGCGGCGCGGGAAGCGCUGGGAUGGGGGCGCGCAGCGACGGCAGCGAUGGGGAGCAGGGCGGGGGAAGCGGGCGCGACGAGCAGGAGCAGGGCGGCGAUGACGGCGCGGACGACGGCAUGGGAAUGGACGGCGCGGGCCGGCCGGUGGGCAUGCGGAGCGGGGGGCGCGUGGGGUCGAGCCGGUACGAGUCACAGAAGCGGCGCGACUGGAACACGUUCGGGCAGUACUUGAAGAACCACCGGCCGCCCGUGGCGAUGUCGCGGUGCAGUCCGCAGCACGUGGUGGAGUUCCUGCGCUACCUCGACCAGUUCGGCAAAACCAAGGUGCACGCCGACGCCUGCCACUUCUACGGGCUGAGCGGCCCGCACCCAUGCGCGUGCCCCAUGAAGCAGGCGUGGGGCAGCCUCGACUCGCUCAUCGGCCGCCUGCGCGCCGCCUACGAGGAGAACGGCGGCAAGCCCGAGAACAACCCCUUCGCCGCGCGCAUCGUGCGCGUGUACCUGCGCGACACGCGCGAGCAGCAGGGCAAGGCGCGCGGCAUGUCGUACGAGAAGAAGAAGCGCAAGCGCCAGGGCGCGCAGCCGCAGGCGCCGCCACCCAGUCAGCCGCAGGCGAUGCAUGGCGGAGCGGGGGACGGCGGAAGGGGCGGCGACGGCGGCAGCAGCAGCAAGGACCAGGUGGGGACGUUCUCGCCGCCCGCCGUGGAAAGCGGCGUGAGGCACGGCCAGAACGACGCCACCGUCGGUGGCAGAGGCGGCGCGGGCGUCGGGGGAGGAUUGGGCGCGGGGAGCCUGCAGGAGCAGCGCGGACUGGGGCACAUGUUGGGGGCCGGGGGAAACGCUCUGAUGCCCAUGGGCGGAGGGCAGGGCACACCCGGCAGCAUUCAGCAGACCCAGCAGCCGUCCUCGCUGCUAUCACUCCCGUUACAGAGUCAGCAGCAGCAGCAGCAGCGCAUGGGGGAGACGCAUCAGGGAGCGGGGCAGGCGGGGCAGGGCGGGCAGGGGCUGCUGGAGCAGUUCAACGCGACGCUUCGCAACCAGCUGGCGCUGCAGCACGCACUGCAGGGCCAGGCGCCCAACACGCUGGGCGAGCUCAGCGGUGCUUCGCUGCUGGAGCUGGUGCAGCUCGUGGGGGGUGGGGGACAGCCGCCCCCGCUGCAGCAACAGCAACAGCAGCAACAGCAACGGCAGCAGCAGCAGCAGCAACCACAAAUGUUGCAACAUCAGCAGCAACAAUCACUGCAACAGCAGCAGCAGCAGCAGCAGCAGCAACAACAACAGCAGCAGCAGCAGGGUGGACUGAGUCAGGUGUUGAGUCGGCUGCUGAUGGGGCAGGGCGCGGGUGCCCCCGGGGCCACGGACCUGUUGGGGCAGGUGGCGGGGCUGCAGUCUCUGCCACCCGAAGCCAAUUUGCUCGGCCAGCUGCUGCUCUCCCAGGCGCUGGGCGGCGGGGGCGGCAUGUCCAAUGGGAAGCCGCUGGGCGGCGGGAUGAUGGGGGGAAUGGGCAGCAGCAAUGGUGGAAGAUCCCACAGCCUGCCUCCUCUCAUGCUCUUCAACUCGCGGCAUCCACCCAUGGCUCCCUUUCGCCACAUUCGUCGCGCGCUGGCGCCGCGUGCCGUGCUGCUAGCGCUCGCGGUUCUGGCAGUCGGCGCGCUCAGCAAGCGCGUGAAGCGGCGGCAGCAGCCGGCGGCGAGCGCGCCUGGCGACGAGGGGCCGGUGGAGUCGUCCGUCUUCGAGCGCCGCCUCGUUACCGCCGACGUCUCGUAUCGCGACAUUCUCAAGGUCGAGUGCUUCUUGCGCCGUCUCGCCCCGCUGUUUCCCUCUGCUGCUCUGCCACCCUCGCCUCGCAUUCCCGCUGGCCUCUCACCCCCAUGCCUGUGCCCCCUCGUGCGCGUGUUGCGUUGCGCGGUGGCAUGCGUCGCGGUGGAUGGACAGGAGCACGCGCGGUACUGGAAGGACACGACGCACCGCCACUUCAACGGCACCGUCCUCGCUUACGUCACUCCCUGGUCCGUUCCACAUCAGUCGCUCCCUGUUCAGUCGCAAAUUUCCCUGAACGGGGGAGGCUACGACAGGGCACGGCAGUUCCGCCACAAGUUGACGCACAUCUCACCCGUCUGGUUCCAACUCAAACGGUCAGCACGCACCCACACCCCCGUGCCAAUGCCACCAUGCCAAAAACCGCCACUUGCUCGUGGUUUAUUUAUUCCCUUGUUUCUCCUCUCUCCCUCGCUUCACCUUCCAUCGCGUGCCACCCUCCUCUCAUUCCACACCCCACUCUCGCCCCAACCCCCAUGUGCCAACCGCUGGUCGCACAGAGAGGGCGGGUGGCUGCGGGUGGCGGGCGGGCAUGAUGUGGACGUGCCGUGGAUGGACUCCGUGCGCCAGGAUGGCGCUCAGGUGGUGCCACGUGUGCUGCUGGAGGCGCAUGACACGUCAGGCAUCAUCAGCUCUGAUGAGGACGCAUCUGAGGCCAUCCGCCUCAUCCUUGCCACCUGCAGGCAGCACCAUCUGGACGGCAUAGUGCUGGAAGCAUGGUCCACAUGGACGGCCACAGGGCUGCUCGCCUCACCCCCGCUGCGCGCGCGCGCCCUCGCCUUCCUCUCCCGCCUCGGCUCCGCCCUGCAUGCCACGCCCAACCCCGCCUCCCCCACUGCACGCCUCUCCUUCUUCCUCGUCAUCCCCCCCAACGCCGCCGCUGCCCUUCCCCCCGAGCAGCAGCGCAGCCUCCCUCCGCACGCGUUCACGGCUGCGGAUCUAGCAGCGCUGCAUGCGCACGUGGACGGCUUCUCCCUGAUGACCUACGACUUCUCCCCGCCCUCCCACCCCGGCCCCACUGCCCCGCUGCCGUGGGUGCGGCUGUGCCUGCAGGCGUUGCUGCCGGGGGUGACGCCGCGGUACGCAGGCGCGUAUGGCGAGGACAUGGGGGUGGGCGAGGAGGAGUGGCGGGAGGAGCUACGGCGAGGCCGCGAGCUGAGGAGCUUUGUGGGGGAUGAGGAGGAGGAGGAGGAACAGGGGGAGAGGGGUGGGGUGGGAGGAGAUGUGAGGGAGAUAGCGCGCAAGGUGUUGGUGGGGCUCAACUUCUACGGCUAUGAGUACGGGCCCAAUCAAGCGUUCACAUUCCACUACCUCCCACCAUGCCUUCCCCCCCCCUCUUUCCCCCUUUCUACCCCCCCACUCUCCUCCCCACUUUCCCCCCCCUCUCCCUCCUCUCUUACCGCACCAGACUACCGCCCACUACUGGGCAGGGACGUGGUGGAGGUGCUGCAGCGCUACCAGCCGCAAGUAUCGUGGGAUCCAGACGCGUGCGAGCACGCCGUCUCCUUCACCGCACGCCCCUCGGGCAUCCGCCGCGCCGCCUUCUUCCCCUCGCUGCUCUCGCUGGCGCUGCGCAUGCGCGAGGCCAGUGCGUGGGGUGCGGGGCUGUCCGUAUGGGAGAUCGGGCAGGGCCUCGACUACUUCUUCGACCUGCUCUAG